AAAUCACGAUGAUGAAGAAGAGCACCCGCAGUAGCAGGUGGAGCGAAGAUUUUCUUGCAAUCGGAGAAGUUUGAUUCUGCUGUUGGAAUCAGGGAUGGCUGCUUCAGCGAUGGACGGCGUAGCAGCGGCGGCGCUUAGAUCGGUGCUGCAGCGUGUGCAGCUGGCAGCCGAGCGCUGCGGCCGCCGGUCAGACCGGGUUCGCAUCGUCGCCGUGAGCAAGACGAAGCCAGUACCUAUUAUCCGCCAAGUUUACGACGCCGGCCACCGCUGCUUCGGCGAAAAUUACGUGCAAGAACUCGUCGAGAAAGCUCCUCAGCUUCCAGAUGAUAUAGAGUGGCAUUUCAUUGGGAAUUUACAGAGAAAUAAAGUUAAGCCUCUCCUCACUGCUGUUCCAAAUCUCUCCAUGGUGGAGAGCGUCGAUGAUGAGAAGAUAGCGAAUCAGCUCGACCGUGUGGUUGGAAACGUUGGAAGAAAACCUUUGAAGGUUUUGGUUCAAGUGAAUACAAGCGGAGAAGAAACUAAAUCUGGCGUUGAACCAGAUGGGUGUGUGAGGCUCGUCAAACAUGUAACCUCGAGCUGCCCCAACCUCGAAUUCCAUGGCCUGAUGACAAUCGGAAUGCCUGACUACACUUCCACCCCCGAGAAUUUUAAGACGUUAGCGAAAUGCAGAAGCGAGGUAUGCAAGGCUCUUGGAAUAUCCGAAGAACAAUGUGAGCUCUCAAUGGGCAUGUCUGGUGACUUUGAACUUGCAAUUGAAAUGGGCAGUACAAAUGUUAGAAUUGGAUCAACUAUAUUUGGACCAAGGGAAUACCAUAAGAAGCAAUCAAACUAGCUACUAUCCAACAUAGUACCCAAAGCGAUAGUCCCCCCCCCCCCCGGCUACUUGACCGAGCUGGAUAGAAAGAAUCUCAAAUCUGUGUCACUAGACUACAAGAUUUUUGACAAAUGCAUUUAUAGAUUUCAAGUAAUCAAAACAGUUUCGCACUUUAUUUUUUUCUGUUUCCUCUUUCUUUUAUAGAUUUCAUUUUUCAUUUUGGUUGGUGUGGCUAAUGUGGUUAACCAACUCCUAGCACCCCUCCAUGGAGAUUGUUUUCAGAUCAUUGUAGCAAAAUAAUAUAAGAAUGUUACAAUGUGAAUUCAAGCAUCAUCUAAUGAGAA